CAUCUCCUCCUCCUCCUCCUCCUCCUUUGCCUUCUUCUUCGAUCAUCAUGCCGUCAGGUGCUAAGAGACGAAAAGCAGCCAAGAAAAAGAAGGUAUUGGAAGCGCAUAUCAAUCCCUCUUCCAACACUUCUCAAGGAAAGGAGGGUGUUAAGAACCGUGAUUCUGCUUCUCAGAAUAACCCAAGCCACACCAAUCCAUUUGGUGAAGGGAAUAAGGAAAUAGAAGAGAGCAGCUCAUCAAACGCUGGGGGAGGCCUGAGCAAUGUAGAGACAAACCAGAAAGGGGGACUGACAUCGGAGACAAAAAAUGAUACUGUUCAGAAUGAAUCAGACAAGGGUUCUCGUGACGAUGAUCGUAGCAGCAGCAGCAGCAGCAGUAGGAGUAGCAGUUCAGAUGACGAGUCUAUAGAUUCAACAAAGAAACGAGAGGAACUGGAUGGGAAGACCAGCGAUUUGGUCUCGUCGACUGCUGCCUCUAUAGCUAACUCGGCUAUGCCAGGGGUAUCGGCAUCUGAAGGAACUAUCAGCAUUGUCGAAAAUGCAUUUGCUGAAAAUAGUUCCAUACCUGAUAUGAUCGCUUCGAAAAAGUUGGAGACAGCUACAAAGGAACAAUCAUCAAAGCCAAAUGAAGAUGGAGAUUUAGAUUUAUCAGCACACGCUGAAAGUCCAGAAAAUUUCAAACCUGAAGCUGAAGAUCAGCCAUUGAUUGAAUCGAGGCCACCAGUGCCACAAAGAACAUCAUGGUUGAGUUGCUGUGGUUUGUGUGAUGUAUUUACUGGCUCGAACCGAUAGUUCAGCGCACGGUUUCUAUAUAUUGGUGACAAAGAAGUCUUCGCAGAACGGUUGAAGGUUUAAGCAAGGAUCGACCUUUACGAGAGCCUUUACGAGAGCACGAUAAAAUAGUCAUCAAACUUGAUGAGGCUGAGGCUAAGGUAGAUCAUGUUCAUGGAUUUAUAGAGCUAGCAACCUGAUGACAUUCCCUUGCUACAUGUGUUUUGUCUUACAGUGAGUUUUCUUUUGUUGGAGCACAGUGUUCUUGAUUUCACAAAACAAUUCAUUACUGUUUCAAUUAUGUUGAUAAUCAGCCAUCAUCUUCCUUUCGUAUUCAUAUGACAUCUGAUAUUGCUUGGCUGAAUGAAUUCUCUAUCUCUCUCAAGUUUGUUA